CAAUAUAAGAUUAGGUAUGAAGUGGUUUUUCCUGUAAGGUGAUGGAAUUUUCAAAAAGUAUUAAUAGUUGAGAAAAUAUUUUCCCAUUUUAUUAUUCUCUAUUGAUAAUAACAUAUACACUUUUUGAAUUGUGGUUAAACUUGAGAAGGCAUCUUUAGGCUUCUUUCCAGAUGAACUGCAAGAUUUUAGAGCAUCUCAAAAUUUCUGGUGCAGGGACUAAUCUUAAAUACUUGGAAAUUGGCUGUCUUCAUUAACUAGCCUGUUACCAUAGCUUUCUCACUUUUGCUAAUUAAAAAAAUAUGACCAUAUGAACACAUUGCUAGGACCCCAUCCAAGUCCUUAAAAGGGGCCUGGUGGGGGAAGGAUCUUGAAGCUUAAGCUCCAUUGUUUCAUGGUAAAUUUAUCUCUGAUCUGACAGCGUCAUAAUCUUUCACUGAAUCCGUCCAAACAGUAUUAUACUCAAUAGUCCACCAAAACAGCAUAACCUUUCAUGCUGAGAUACAGUAAGUCAGUUGAGGAAGAAUUCAGGAUUUUAGUCACCGUAUCAAGUUUUUUUUUUUAAUAAGGCACAGCUCAGUUCUUAUCUCUUGGUUUGACUGUCAUACAAUGGCUUAUUGUAACAAUGUUAUGUUAAUAUCUUUGUGUCUCUUACAAGCUUUAAUUUAUUCCCAUAGCAUGAAAAGAGACUAAAUUCUCACGUAAGAACAUGAAAAUAUUUUUAAAGAUGUUAUCUCUUAUGGUAUGUCUUUUAACUAAUCUAGUUCACGGACUAGAUUAGUUGUAGGCAUCUAAAAUAAUAAGUAAUCUCAACAGAUAGUAUAUAGUUAGAAAUAUCAUAUAUCUAAAUAAUUAUCUUGUAAAGAAAACCCUUAACAUUCUUAAAAUGUUGUUAUUUCUAAGCCUAAAGUAAAAUGCAGCUUGUUACUUAAGAAAGAUUUCGGAAGAGAUAUAAAGAUCCCAUUGCACUUUACAUGGCUUUGAAAAUGUAUCAGGAUCCGUUGUACUGCAUGAAACAUACUUAGUUUCAUUAGAGAUGCUUGGGCCUCUCACUUUGUCUGCCUCCUGCCCCUCUAUGUACACAAAUUCAGCAACCUAAUCAUGUUGCCUUUGAUCAAAUUUAAUUUGUAUUUUUCCCCAGUAAUGCUGUCUGGUGGCAGUUAAAUAGAAUUUAAUUAAAAUAAAUAUUCACAGGCUUUAAUAGAGCUUAAUGAUCUGAUUUGACUUAGUAAAAUGAGGCAGAAAGUCUAGACGCUGUAAGAUAUACCUACAUUACUUGACUUGGUUAAAGGUUUAGUAAAACAGAGGCCAGCAUUUACAAAAAGGGAGAAAUGGGGAAAUCCAAUGAUAAAAGCUAUCUGAACAUUUAGUUAGAACUACGCAUGCACAAAAACGUCCUACUGAAUUUGUAUCCACAAUAAAAAUUGGGUUGUUUCUUGUUUUUCUAUUUUAUUACAACCAUAAAAUUAAGGUUUGAAUAACUAGGCAAUCCACUUGUUAAAUGGCAAUUUGCAUUGACAAGCUGUUUUCCCAAAUUUCAUUUCUGGAUCAGUACUUCUCAGCCUUUAAUGUGGGCAUGAAUAACCCAGGGGUGGUGUGAAAAUACAGAUUCAGAUUCAGCAGGUCUGGGGCAAAGCCUGAGAUACUGUAUUCUGACAAGCUCCUUGCUGGUGUGAGGACUGCCCCUUGAGUAGCAAGGCCCUACACAGUGAAGUGAAGAGAGCUGAUUUGGGACAGUUGCCACCUCCAUGAUAACCAUAAUUUUAUGGAUAAUAAUAUGUAAAUGAUACCACCUCUCACAUAUGCAGUUGUUUCAUAUAUUUCCAUCAUCUCAUUUUGGUCCUCACAGUAUAUAACGUCACAUGCUUUGUCGCAACCUGAGUGCCACUGCUUGUAAAGCCUGGUACAUAAGAAUAUUAGAUUUCAGAGUGUUAGCUCACAUAGUCCAGCAUGUGCAAAGCAUAGCUAGGUUUAUCUUUCCGAAGAGUAUUCACAAAAUCUUGUUACUUCCUCACUCAAGAUCCAUCCAGUGGAGCAUCUCCUCUGCUCACCAACCCCAUAAAUCAUCAUUCCUAUUCUCCAUCUGUUCUCCAAGGCUGAUCAUCUCACUGCCCUCCACACAGGCUGGAUUUAUUUCUGAAUCCAAAUUCUGCACAUGCAGUUGCCUGACCAAGAAGGCUCCCACUUAUAUCUCCUGCUCUUCAUGAAAUCUUGUAAAAUCCUUUCUGCACACACAGGCUCUGAGUGGCCCUAUUCCUUGUCAUCUGACACAGCCGAACAGAUAAAGACAUUCUAGAAGUACUGGAAUUCUUCUGAUGUAUGCUGGGAGAUGUUUUUUAGCUUCCUUAUGUGCUGCAUUUUAAAACACUCUAAGAUUCGUGUCCAUUAACUCCCAAGGCAUGCUCUUUUAGGUAUUUAUCAAGUACAUUUCUAUAGUUGAAGUUCUGAGGUAUGACAAGGGAGCCCAGCCUUAGCGCACCAGUCCAGAUGUAACAUCAUAAGUUAUAAACAGCCUUCAUUUACUGAAUUUGGACUUAAAAGCCACAAAAUGAAUAGGUAAUUAAUGUGGAAAGUGGAAAAUUUUGAUUUAGAGAGAAGGAGCUGGUAAACAAUUAAACACUAACUUAAAGGAAUUUUCACAUUAAUGAACAAUCGGUACCUCUAUGGAGUUAUUUAGUCACUUGGGAAUUUUUUUUUUCUGUGAGACAAAGUCUCGCUCUUGUCAUCCAGGCUAGAGUGCAAUGGCGUGAUCUCGGCUCACUGCAAUUCCGACUCCCAGGUUCAAGCAAUUCUGCCUCAGCUUCUGCAGCAGCUGGUAUUAUAGGCACUUGUCACCAUGCCCAGCUAAUUUUUGUAUUUUUAGUAAAGACAGGGUUUCACCAUGUUGGCCAGGCUGGUCUCAAAGUCCUGACCUCAGGCGAUCCGCCUGCCUCAGCCUCCCAAAGUGUUGGGAUUACAGACGUGAGCCACCUCACCCAGCUGGGAAAUGUUUUAUAUAAUAGUCUCACUUGUAGGAUAUUUCUUAGAAAGAGAGUCACAUGAUACAUUUUUAUCACUCUGACUUGCUACUUAAGAGAUCUGGCACAUACAGCAAGGCGCUAAAUAUGCCACAAGGGUAUAAUCGGAAAAUGUGGUUAACCUGAUGCAGGGGUCUGAGUGGAACUUUGAACAAGGCUAGGAUAGGCCUGUUGAGCCCUUGGCCAGCAGGAUUUAUUUGGUGGUGGUUUUCUAACAGACACUCGGAAGGGAUUCUUGGAGGUAAUGCAAAAAUCUCAAGACUUACUGAAUGACUUUGUGGUAGAAAAAACAUGGAAAAAAUGCAAUUUGGAUACAGAUAACAAACUUGAUUAUGAAAAAAUAAAAACCCAGAUACUCCUUAUGAUUUUGAAAUGAUACACUUUAGGGGGCUGUAAGAGGUCCAGUAAAUUAUCCUUUGACAUCCAGACCAUAAGAUUUUGUCUUCUAACUACCCAAAGCACUUGGGUCAGUGUACAUUUCAGUGCACUGAUGCAUCCACUUGCCUGUGUGAACUCAUUAAGGUCAGGAGGAUGUUGUAUUCUUCUAGGCAAAAAGAGGGCAGCAUACUCUACAUACAAUGUUGGGUAAAAAUCCCACUAUUCCACCUCAUAGCAAUGCAGCUUUAAACAUGUGUUCAAACCUGUCUGAGCCUCAGUUUAUCUAUCUGUAAAAUGGUGAUAAUAAUAGUACUCACCUCAAAGCAUUGUUGUAAGGAUUACAUGAGUAAUGAAAGUUGGAUUGAGGGGGAAAGAGGCAGAGCAUGAAGUACUAAUUUAAAGGAAUGUUCAGGUAACGCCUAUGAGAUUAAAUACUUACUAAUGGUUAACACUUCUAUGCAGUGCUAUCUAACAGGGCUUCACUCUAAUGAUGCAAAGGCAGAAGAAUGAUACAGUGGAUUCCGGGGACUUGAGGGCAAGGUUGAGGGGGUGAGAGAUAAAAGACUACAUAUUGGAUGCAGUAUACACUGGUUAGGGGAUGUCUGGGGAGCACUAAAAUCUCAGAAAUUACCACUAAAGAACUUAUCCAUGUAACCAAAACCACCUGGAUCCCAAAAACUAUUGAAAUAAAUACUGCCAAGCAAAUCGAAAGCAUUCUAUAAAUGUUAAUUAUAGAAAGUGUUCUGUAAGUGUUAAUUAUUAUAGUAAUCAUGAUUACUGGUAUGGAGUUAAGAAAAAGGCAAGGGCUGCAUCUUUAGAAAUGAUUUAAUUCAUGUCAAGUGCUUAACACAGUGCCUGUGUAUAUGUGUGCCUCAUAAAUGCUAGUUGUUAUCAGAGUUCCUGUUAUCCUAGUGCCCAUCCUUACCUCACUUCUGGAGUACCCAUCAUAUUCAAUAUUCCAAAAGAUAAAUGCAGUUCUGUUUAUUGGAUAUUUAUCUAAGGCAACUAUUAACCCAUUGGAAUGGUGAUUUUUCUGAGAGAUUCUUCUUUUUUAAACCAUUGAUAACUGUAUUUCUGCUACUGAGACUUCUGUUCAGAGCCAAUAUUUCUUCCAUUUAUAACAACUUGGGAAAUUCCAAUAUUUUCGAUUUUUCCAGUGGAUAGUCUCAACUUAUUAGUUAGCUCUGUAAUAUCAUCUAUGAGGCUGACCCAUAUUAGAUCUUUGUUAUGGUCUGUGGUUUGCAAUAAUUGUCAUUCUCAGUUCCCUAAGUACUAUAUAGGAGAAAAGACAGUAGAAUGUUAACUCAGAACAGGGGUCUUUGGAGGUUACUCUCUCCAGCAUUUUGAUUUUAUAGAUAAGGAGACGUGACUUGUCCAGUGUCACCUAGCAGAUCAGAGGCAAAUCCAGGACAACAUUCUUAAAGGUCACAUAUUGACAGUCUGUUAAAUAUGCACAUGUGAGUAUAUCCAUUAAUUUCAGCUUGUUUUAAGAAUAAAAAUCAAAGUUAUAUAAGGUUCCUGAAUAAAUAUCAUAGCAGAAGGGAGACCAUGUGAUAGAACCUUCAAAAAAAUCUAAUAUAUUGUCUGGUUGCUUCCUGAAUUGUGCAGGUUUCAUUUCUGAAUAUGGCCUCAAAUAAAUUGAAAAGGACAUCCCUUUAAUCCUUGUCAAGUGCAAGAUCUGUGUCAUAAAUGCUUUCAAUAAUGAGGGGGGACAGGACAAAAUUUUAAGGAAAAGAAUUUAUACAAAAGAUUGAAUCAGUGCUUUUUCUGGAUAAGCAAAGCAAUGUGUGUGUUAAUUCUACUCUCCUCCUCCCCUUCGUGAAGGGGGUUGGGGGUGGGAGCAUUAGCAAGAAAGGAGGGGCCUAAUUUAUGGCGAGAGUGAGAACUCUUUUCAAGCCUGUGGGCAGAAAGCACUGCCGCACCUCCCUCCCUGCUGGAACCUGCUCUCUGAGAUCUGGGACUCCUCGGGGUCUCUGUUUGCCUAAUUGCAACUUGUGCUUAUGCCCUCCAGUUCUCACUGGCUCCUUUGAUGCUUUUCAGCAAGUCCUCUCAAAGCAGCGGGACAAAAUGGGAAGAUGUCAUCCAUACUGUAGGACCAAUAGCCAGAGGACAUAUCAAUGGUUCCCACAAGGAAGACCUUGCAAAUUGCUAUAAAUCAUCUCUGAAGCUGGUGAAAGAAAAUAACAUCCGAUCAGUUGCAUUUCCCUGCAUCUCUACAGGCAUUUAUGGCUUUCCCAACGAGCCUGCUGCAGUCAUUGCCCUCAGCACCAUUAAGGAAUGGCUUGCCAAGAAUCACCACGAGGUGGAUCGGAUCAUUUUCUGUGUCUUCUUAGAAGUUGACUUCAAAAUCUACAAAAAGAAAAUGAAUGAGUUUUUCUCUGUAGAUGAUAAUGAAGAGGAGGAGGAUGUUGAAAUGAAAGAAGAUUCAGAGGGGUUAGAGCCAAAAGGCCUCUCUUCACCCCACAAGAAGAGCAAAGCAAAGAAGCCAGAAUGUUUGAAAGACUCUAGUGAGGAUGAGAACGGUCCAGAGGAAAAGCACAGUAUGGAAGAAAUGGAAGGGCAGAGCGGAGAUACAGAUGGUGUCAACACUGUCACUGUGCCUGGUCCCACUUCAGAAGAGGCAGUUGAAGACCGUAAAAAGGAAGAUUCUGCAAAGGAUGACAAUACUACAGAAGGUGGUGAAGUGACAGAUCAUUCUGAGUGUGACCAAGACCAUCCUGACGGGCAAGAGAAUGAUUCAACGAAGAAUGAAAUAAAAAUUGAAACAGAGUCCCAGAACUCAUAUAUGGAAACGGAAGAACUUUCAUCAAACCAAGAAGAUGCCGUGAUUGUGGAGCAACCUGAAGUGAUUCCACUAACAGAUGACCAAGAAGAAAAUGAAGGUGAAAAAGCUCUAGGCAAGGACACACCUAGACUGCCUGGGAAAAGUGAAGGCUCCAGUGACCUAGAAAAUACUCCAGGUCCUGAUGUUGAAAUGAAUACUCAGGUUGACAAUGUAAAAGACCCAACAGAGAGUCAACAAGAAGAUCAACUAAUAGGGGCACGAGAUGAAACCAAGGAACAAAGAAAUGGAACUAAAUGACAAUCCUCAGCAUCUCAAGGCCUCUCCUAGCUCUGGGGGAGUUUGGGAAGAUAGCAGCACACGCUAUGGAGGAGGGUGGGGGUGGGGGGAAGGCAAGUCCCACGGAAGGAUGGGGAAUCCUUUGCUCUAAUUUCUCCAGCUGUAUUAUGUUUUGUUUAUCUGCAGAAAAAGAAAGAAAAAAAAGUUUCCUUUAAUUUGGUGGAGGGACCUAUGUUAACGCAUCUUUCAGGCAUUAUCCUUGUCAUUCCUGUCUUUUCUCUUACAACUCGGCCCCAGGGCCACAGCGGCUUGGUUGAACACACAUGUGUCCUGGCCUCUGUCUGCUUUCUUGGUUAUUUCACAAAGCUGGUCACACAGUGGUUUCUUCAAAGGAAGGGGAGGAAGACAGUUGUUUGAUAAGCUGCAGGGUAAAUUUUAGGAAUCAAUGAGCCCGGCAGCAAUAUAAUCCCCAGACAAAGGAGGCAGGAUAGAAAAUGGGCAAAAGCCUCGGAAACCACUGGGAAAAGGUCCGGACAAUGAGGUGAAAAUAUUUUCUUCAGGGAUUCCCAAGGCACAGUCUGUUCCAUGUGGUUAAUGAGAAAUAUGGAAGCUAUAUUUUCUCCAGAGCAGAGUGCAGAGGCAUAACCAGAAGGGUGGGCCCUGGCAGCCAUCUGGGUCUCUUCCUUCCUAACCAGAGUGGCAGGUGCAUCCUUCUUUGACACUGACUUUCAGCAGAGCUUACUUGGUUCAUGAGGUCUUCACAUGGAGACCACCAGUGACAGGUGACUGUUUCCUGCACAGCUGUAAAGGAUGGCCUUUGCUAGGUUACAGUUGAGAGCUAAGACAAGGGCACUGCAGUUAGGACCGAAACAUAUGCCUACGAAUAUCAGAAGCACCUCUUGAAAUCUCUAGAUGUUUUCCAUAAAAGAACAUCCUGUCUUCACCCAAAGCUUGACAGCCCACAAACUAGAGCAAACUAGAGGCUCCUUUGAAAUUAGAGGAAAUUAGAGCUUUUGUUUGCAGUUCUGUCUUCCUGGUCUUUGUUUAAAUGGUAUCACUUGUUUAUGCCAAGUUCAAGGCUGAUUUGAUGGUUGGUCCCCUCACUCAGAAGACUCUGAAGGGAAGGAUACAGCCCUGAAGGGGAGCAGCAGUACUAAAAUCCCAAGAUGCCAGUGGUAAAGUGGGCACAAGGGAUGGUGACUCUGAGGAUGCCGGGCGUCAUCAGUGAUCUCUAUCCCAGAGCCAGCAUAAGGCCAGAUGCCCGCUUCCCACAGCCUCUCUGGGUUCCAAAGUCAUGUCAUUGUUGUUGGAAAUAUAACAUUUGUUGCAUAUCUUCUUAAAUCCAUCUUCCUAAUAAGGGCUUUAGAAUUAAAACGUAUUUAUAUUGUUUUUCCUAAUAGAGGGAGACAUAUAAUGGAUUGAGUAUUAUUUCUAAAAUUAGAGGAUGUUCUGCUUUCUAAAUAUCCCAUCAAAUUCUUCAGUUUUGCACUUUUUUUUUGAUGGAAAAUUUAUCUUCUUCUUUUCCUAUGACUUUGGUUUUAGCCUUUCUGAAUUUGUUACUCCUUCUGCAUGGCUUAUUUAAUAUAUUGGAAUAGUUAACAAGUUGUACUUGGGCAUAGGCAAUAUAUUCUAUUCUAACACAUUUUUUUAAAUAAAAUUAAGACAGCGGCAAUGACAUGUAUGUGACCUCAUAAUGUGGGAUCAUGGCCUUCUGUUGUUAUUCCAGUUUGAUAUGGAAGCACCUAUAUCCUCUACUGCCAUUAGAUGUUGCUUUUUAGAAAAGCAAGGAAAGACUCGUUUUAAGAAAUCCAAGAAACGAUGUCAUCCAAAUAUUGACAGUUUCUAUAUUUCAUGCCAUCUUUAUACUAAGUUGAAAGUUGCCAUCAUUCUUGGGGAGUGUUUGACAAGUGCAAUCUGCUAGAAGCUUGUUUUCUUGUGACUCCAAAAUGCUCGUGCUACUCGGCCUCAGUAAUAAGUUACAAUUGAAGGAAAAAACCAUGAGGAAAACAGAGGGACAGAGAUUUUCAGAUGAACAAUGAUGGAAGAGACCUAAUGUCCUUGCUAAAAACAGCCAGGAUGGGAAUCAUCCAGCCCUAGCGUUCUCCUGCUCAUCAAUGACAGUCAUUUUAUUCAUUUACUUUAAAAUGUGGGUGGGGCAGAGGUGGAAAGAGGGAAUUCUCUGCCUAAAAAUUCUAGAAUAAUGUAAGUAAUCUUUGUAUCCAGGAAACUAAGAGAAUGAGGAAAAAAUAUCUUCAGCCUCACUCCUGAAUUAGUUAAAUCUUCAGUCUAUAAUUAGACUGGGUUUUCAUUUUUGCUUCGUCACGCUUUUUGGUUGCCAUUUGGCUAUACAGUUUUAUGCUUUUAAAAAAUGAUAAAGUUAAUUUCCAAUUCAAUAGUGAAAUAUUAACAAUCUAAAUAUAGCCAGGUCAAAGACACCUGAACACAGAAAACCUUUAUUUGCUGGUGCUGCCAUCGCACAGGUUGUACAAUGGAAUUGAUCUGUAAAGCUGAUUGACUUUCCUGCUCAUAAAUUCUGGAUGUCAAUUUCCAACCAAACUCCAAUCCAGCUAUGUGGCAUGAAGGGUGACAGGAGGGAGGGAGGAAAAUAGCCCUGUAUUAGUCAUGUUUGCAUACAGAGGAUCAAAGUAGGCCUUCAACAUAAUAGUUCUAAUUAAAACGGUCCUCGCGGUAGGAGAGACAAAGGGGCUUUUCCUCUCGCUGGUAACUAUUCAGAUGAUGGACAAGUCUUCUUUUAUAACAGCUUACAAAGAAGGCAUCCGAAUCACUGUCUGUGAUACUGGGUCACAUAUUAAUCACCGCAGCUAAUUGUAAAUCUUUCUAUGAAACACUGAAAAGGCUCUUUGUGAAUUAAUACAGUUCUGCUUGAUGCACUUGAUUUGAAAAGACAUUUCUCUGUAUGUGGUGCAUGUCGGCUUUGCUUUGAAAAAUAACAAAGUUAGCAGAAUAUGUUCAAUAUAUUUUCUUGGGGAAUAGGGUUUUUAUCACAUGAUUCAUUAAGGAUUUGCCUUACCCUGACAUUUGUGAUAUAAAGGAAAAACAGAAAAAAAGUAAUUUUCUUGAUCAAGAUAUGUUUUUACUUAAUGCAAAUAAAUGUAGUCUGUUGCUUGCAAGGAAAAAAAUGGCUUCUGAUAACUGGUAUAAACUGCUAAAUAGGAUAAUACGUGCCUCUUUUGUUAAACCAGCAUUUAAAUGCUGGACUGCUUCUAAAUCUGUUUUGUUUCUUUUCAUCUGUGCCAUACACUAAAAAACAACUGUUGCCUUCAUAUUAUAUUUGUUAGAGCAGAAUACAAAUAAAAUUUGAGAGGAUAAUGUGAAA